AUGGAAUAUGAUCGCAGAGCAGCGGUAGAAGCUUCUAUUCGCGCCGGGAAGAAGCCUGCAGAAGUGAUGGCCUGGACCGACGAGUUCGUCGCCGCCGGCAAGGAGAUAGUCGACAAUGAAAGACGCCAGAGCUACGCCAAGAUCACCGCUGACAUGCGCUGUCACAAGUCAAUGAUCAGCCGAACGAUCAAGAAGGACAUUGGUUACUCCUCCUACCGCAGGUCUCAGCGCAUGCUCAUCACGAAUGCCUUCAAGGAAGGUCAAGGUGGCGGCUUUGCUGAACGAUCUAAAGCACGGGUCCGCCGGGAUGCUGACAUCAUCUCCAGCGUGGGGGACGUCAUGCCUCCGUUCUUCUUUCAAAAGGGCCUGAGAGCCACAGCUGAGAUUCACCAGGAGGAGCUGAGGAGCGUGGUGAAGCCCUGGAUGGACGAGAUCGCCGUCGGACGACCCUACGUCUUCCAGCAGAACUCCGCUCCUACACCCAAAGCCAAGACGACCCAGGCGUGGCUGAUCAAUGUGUCUCACCACUGGUCGCCGGAUUGUGGCCGCCCUCCUCACCGGACGGCGACCCCCUUGAGUAUUUCUUCAGGGGAGUGA